CGCGUGAUUGGCACAAUUGACAGUGAUUGACAGGCGUCCGUGGAAACUACACAACCAAUCUGCCAAGUCCAAUAGAAAAUCAGAAGCGGGCAGCACGUCUUUUCCCUCCUCGAAAUAUAUCUUCAUUCUUGUGCCACAAUCUCGUGUCCUCCAACCGAGGCAGCUGCGGUUAGCUGCAGCGACAACUCUUAUUUCUCUGCAUCGUUUAACGUCGAUCAGCUGAAUCUGGAAUUGCCUUUUUGUCUGGAUUCGACUGGGAGAUAGCCUAAUAAAGCACGACGCUGUGCUAGAGGCAGAGAGGACUCCGAAAGGGAAACAGAAGCCUUCAUGUUUCAGUUGCCAAUCUUGAAUUUUAGUCCCCAGCAGGUAGCGGGGGUAUGCGAGACUCUGGAAGAGAGCGGAGACAUCGAGCGUCUCGGCCGCUUCCUUUGGUCGCUGCCCGUCGCACCCGCUGCCUGCGAGGUGCUUAACCGAAAUGAGUCUGUGCUGCGGGCUCGGGCCAUCGUAGCCUUCCACACUGGGAAUUUCCGGGAGCUUUACCACAUUCUUGAGAACCACAAGUUCACCAAAGAGUCCCACUCCAAAUUGCAAGCACUUUGGCUGGAGUCACACUACCAGGAGGCAGAGAAGCUCCGAGGCCGCCCGCUAGGACCAGUGGACAAAUACCGGGUGCGAAAGAAGUUCCCUCUGCCUGAAACUAUUUGGGAUGGAGAACAAAAGACACACUGCUUUAAAGAAAGGACCCGACAUUUACUACGAGAAUGGUAUCUUCAGGACCCAUAUCCGAACCCAAGUAAAAAGAGAGAGCUUGCACAAGCUACGGGACUCACUCCCACUCAAGUGGGGAAUUGGUUUAAAAAUCGAAGACAAAGGGACAGAGCGGCGGCCGCUAAAAACAGGUUACAACAGCAGGUGUUGUCAAAUGGCUCGGUUCGGUCCUUAACUGGGGAGGAUGGUGCUGUAGACCGACUGGGGAACGCGUCGAGCCCUGAAGCAAGUCUGUCGAGCAAAGCCGCUGCAUCGGCUAUCUCCAUCACUUCAAGUGACAGUGAAUGUGACAUCUAACAUCGCACCACGAACAGCCCCACUGGCUAUAUGGGAAGACUAUGAGAAAAUGAACACAUUACGAAGGAAAUCGAGACAGACAAUCAUCAAGAUAAACAAGCACAUCAGUGCCUGCCUUAACUUAUCAGAGGCCGUUUUUUCAAGGCUGUCACAGCAGCCCGGAAUCUUGGGAUUCACGGAAUGCUUUAUCUUGAAAAUGUAUUCAAGUCGUUUUUUCCCUCCAGAGCAAAAUGGGGCAAAAACAAUGACAUUAGAACAAAUCCUAUCUGUAUUGAAACUACUUUUGUAAGCAAAAUCGGGUGCCUCAAACAAAUAGGUGCUCCAUGCCCACUCUUUAUUCAUUUUGAAAAAGACUUGGUGAACAAUUUUACCUCCCAGGAUUUCUAAUGUGUUUAUGCAUUAAAUUGUUGCUCUUAUAGA